AUGAGUACGAAAGAAAGUGAAACAUACGUAAAUGGAAUUGAUAAUGCAGAAACAGGAGCAACGACUACUUCGACAAUCCAUAAUACACAAGAUUCAUCAUCAACAACAGACAAGAAACAAUUUGAUGAACAUCCAAUUUUGAAAAAAUAUCUUCCAAAACAAUUAUGUGAAAUAUUAGAACAAUGGUUUGUAGAUGGUACAUUAAAUGAUGAUCAACAAGAAAUUUUUCGAACUUGUGCAGAAUUUCUUCUUAAAUCAACUAAAAUAAAUUCUGAUGCUAAAGAAUGGAUUAGUCAACAAACUGAAUUAAUUAAUAUUACUGAGAAAUGUUUAAAUGAAAUAGGAGCUUAUGGUUAUUAUAUUGGAGUUGGUGGUGUAGAAGAUCCAACUUUAGAAUUAUUUGAUUGGCUUAUUCAAGCAUUUGAAAAUAUUCAAUGUAAACAAUUACUUGAUACAUUUGUUAAAUGUGUAACAAGUCGUUUUUAUAUUGAUGCUUUACAUCGUUUGAAUAAAGUUAAUGCAUCAUCUUUAAGUAUUACUGAACAUUUUCUUCUUGUUACUUGUCCAAACUAUAUUCUUACUUGUGAUAAAGAUAAAACAUAUUCUUCGAAAGUAGCUAAUAAAAUGUUAGACUAUUAUGAUGAUCUACUUGAUUAUUUUAUUCCUCAUAUUAAAGAAUGGACAACAUCAGUUAUGCUAUGCAUAUUUUAUCCAAUGAAAUUCCUUUUAUCCGUUAUUCCAUCAUCAUCAUAUGAAGAAAGGAAAUCUGUCUAUCAUACUAUUCUAACUAUAUUUUUAAAUACGUCAACAACUGACUCCAAUACUGAAGAAGCACAUAAUAAAAUAAUUCAUACGUCACUUUGUUUACUAAUUGAAAUAGUUCGAUGUGAUAGCAUUUUAUCAAAUGAAUUAAAAAAUAAAAGCGAUAAAAAAUCUGAUUUACUCAAAAUAUUAAAUGAUUUGUCAAACAAUGGAAGCAACGAACAAAUACAAUUAAAAGCAAUAGAAUUAACCUCAUUAUUAGUAGAAGAAGAAGAAUUUCGUAAAGAAAACAAUACCGAACGAGUCACGGAUCUCUUCAUUAAAAAUUUCAAAGUUGCAGCAGAAGAUGGAGAAAUUAGUCAAGCCAAUGGAGUUUUGACAGGAUUAAGGGAUUUGGUACAAAAUGAGGAUGUUAAAGAAGAACUUAUUAAACAAAAUGCAUUACCAUCAAUAAUAGAAUUUGCAAAAGAAAAUAAUGAUGAUGCAAUAGCAUUAGAAAUAGUCUAUGCAAUGACAUUUAAUAAUGAAGCAAAAGAAAUUAUUAGUGAAGAUAAAGAAUUUAUUGAUUACAUAAAAACAUUAUGUGAUUCUUCAAACCCAGAUGUUGCACAAAUGGCAAAUGGUAUUAUGUGGAAAAUCGAAGUUGAAGAAAAAUUCACAAAGAAAAAAGAAAAACAAGAAAAAAAAGAAAAAAAAGCACAUUCAGUAGAUGGAUCAAAAAACAUCUCUGAUGAAGAAUUCAAAGAAUAUGACAUGAUGAUCUCAUAUUGUUGGGCACAAAAAACUCUAUGUCAUAAAAUAAAUGAUCGUUUAGAACAAGAAGGUUAUAAAGUUUGGUUAGAUAGAGAUGAAAUGCGUGGAUCAAUUAUUGAAUGUAUGGCUGAAGCUAUUGAAAAAUCUCGAUAUGUACUUAUUUGCAUGUCAAGUAACUAUAAGAAGAGUACCAAUUGUAAAGCUGAAGCUGAAUAUGCAUUCAAUCGAAAAAGCAAAAUAAUUCCUCUUGUUGUCGAACCUAAAUAUAAAGCCGAUGGAUGGUUAGGCUUUUUAGCUGGUUCCAAAAUUUAUGUUGAUUUUGCUGAUAAAGAAGGAGAGGAAUUUGAUAAAGCCUAUGGCUCAUUACUAGAAGAACUUAAACGAAAUGGAUUGGACGAUAUCGAUAGAAGAAAAGAAAAUAUGACGAUUGAUGAAAUGGCUAAUUUAAAAGCAUCUAAACGUGGAAAACCCGAAAAAGAACCUGAACAAUCUUGUAUUCAAACAAGAGAAUAUUUAAACAUUCCCAUGGCAUCAAUGUGGAACGAACAACAUGUUGAGGAAUUUCUUACAGAUUAUCGACUCAAUCAAUUAUUACGUAUUUGUGCAUCGAUGGAUGGUGAAGCAUUAAUUGAAUUUCAUCAUUCAUGUGAAACAAAACCUGAUAUUAUGUAUGGAUUACUUAAUAAUCCAAAAGAAGAACAUUCAAUAUCAUUUGGUACUUUUUUCAAAUUUAUUGCUAAACUAAAAAAAUAUUUACCACAAAAAUCAACACGUAAACUUCAUUUUCGAUACAAUUUUAUUUAUCCAUCAUCGAGUACAACUGAAUCACCGACAACAGACAAAUAA